AUGAGUGAAGAUGACGGCUUCUCCGAGGAAGCUCUCGUGGUCGUUCGUCGCGACGAGUCGCCGCCUCCCAUCCAACCGCAGUCAGAAUUUCUUCAAAGAGUGCAAGCCGGCGGAGUCGACUACGUCCUGCUGACCACCGCUCUUGAAGAAGACAUGUACACGCUGAUGCUAACGGAUGGCAGCCGUUGCUUCAAGGGCGACGCGAACGCUUCACGUCAGCCCGUUCAAGUCCGUCCUCUAACGCGCAGUGCUCUCACCACGGGAACAGGGGCCCGAUUCGAGUACAGCGUCGACGUUGUUGACGACGAGGCGUUGCGUUUCAGCUGGAAACAGAUCUUGGACGACCAGCGGGGAGGUCCGCGUCGGAAGCUCGGUUCCGCCGAACUCCUCCGCGUUCACGAAGAUGCAAACCGCUCCGUGAUGGCGGUCUUCGCGGGCGCAGUACGUGCGGUCCAAGAUGCCGAGGCGAGACUGGCGCGAACGACGGGUCAGUUGGAUCGACUGAGACGCGACCACGACCGCGCGUUGGAUCAGCUGGACCGAUGCGCUCGCGUCAAGGAAAACAUGGAGAGCGAGCUGUACUCCAAGUUCACGCUCGUUCUGAACAGCAAGAAGCGACGCAUUGCACAAUUGCUGGGAGAGCAGACGACGGGGUCGGGCGAUGAGCCAAUGGCUGGGUCAGAAGACGAGCCGGUGGUUCGACAGGCAGCCAGCAGACAGACAAAGGAGUCUGUUGCCAAACCAGCGGCAAAGCGUAUGGCCAGCAGACAAACCAGUAAGGCGACAGCCAAGCGUGUGGCUAGGCAGACAACGAGUAGCACGCGAGACGACGGGUCAGAGUCGGUUGACGAGCCAAUGACCGGGUCCGAAGAAGAGUUGGCUGUCGAGCCGGAAGUCCAGCAAGCAACGAGCAAACAGAAGGGCAAGUCCGUAGUCGAGUCACCAACAAAACGGAUGACCAACACGCAGAUUCGGAGGUCGGCAGCCAAGCCUGCAAUGGAGCAGACGACCCACAGUAGACACGCCUCGCACAACGCGUCGUUGGUAGCCGAGCCGAUAGUCCAGCAGGCAGUCGGCAGACAGACUGAGAAGUUGGUAGUUGAUCCGCGGACGACUGACAGACGGAUUGGGAGGUCGGCGACCGAGCACUUGGCCGGGCAGGCGACCCGGCGAGACAGUUCGGUAGCUGAGCCGAGUUCGUCCGUGCACGCCCUGAUCGAGAGCCUGAUAUGA